CCCCUCCUGCUGGCUUAGUCAGCAGAGUCCUGAUCACAGCCUCCCACUCUCUCCCCAGGCCCAGUACAGUGGUUUCCUCUUCUUCCAUGAGGGCUGGCCUCUCUGCCUGCACGAGCGGGUGGUGGUGCAGCUAGCAGCCCUGCCCUGGCAGCUACUGCGCCCGGGAGACUUCUACCUGCAAGUGGUACCCUCAGCAGCCCAAGCACCCCGCCUGGCACUCAAGUGCCUGGCCCCAGGGGGUGGGCGGGUGCAGGAGCUGCCUGUGCCCAAUGAGGCCUGUGGCUACCUAUUCACACCUGAGUGGCUACAAGGCAUCAACAAGGACAGGCCAACGAGCCGCCUCAGUACCUGCCUCCUGUCUGCGCCUUCUGGGAUUCAGCGGCUGCCCUGGGCCGAGCUCAUCUGCCCACGAUUUGUGCAUAAAGAGAGUCUCAUGGUUGGACAUCGACCAAGCACAUUACCCCCAGAGCUGCCCUCUGGACCCCUGGGGCUCCCCAGCCCUCCACUCCCUGAGGAGGCCCUGGGUACGCGGAGUCCCGGGGAUGGACACAAUGCCCCUGCUGAAGAACCCGAGGGUGAAUAUGUGGAGCUGUUGGAAGUGACACUGCCCGUGAGGGGGAACCCCACAGAUGCUGAAGGCUCCUCUGGCCUCUGCAGAACUCGGACAGUACCCACCCGCAAGGGGGCUGGAGGGAAGGGCCGGCACCGGAGACACCGGGCAUGGAUGCACCAGAAGGGCCUGGGGCCUCGGGACCAGGAUGGGGCACGCCCACCCGGGGAGGGGAGCAGCACUGGGGCCACCCCCGCAUUUCCCCUGGGAGCUGAGGCUCUUCCAGAGGUAGCAGUCCUGGAGGGGUCUGAGCCUCCAGCACAGCCCCUAGGAGAAGCUUCUGAGUCUUGCAUCCUAAGGCCAGGGGAGGUUGGGGCAGGGUCAGGCCAGGGGGCCGAGGGGCCACCUGGUACCCCUCGGAGAAUAGGCAAAGGAAACAGGAGAAAGAAGAGGGCUGCAGGCAGAGCGGCUCUUAGCCGAGGAGGAGAUAGUGCCCCACUGAGCCCUGCGGACAAGGAAGAGAGCAGCCACCAGGAAGCUCUCAUCAAUCUGCCCCCGCCAAAUGAACAAGAACUUCCAGAAUGCAGCCUGGUUAAGGAGGAGCAUGAAGACUCAGGGAAGCCCGAGUCUAAGCCAAAAGAGGAGCUGAAACCAGUAGAGGAAAAAGAGCCCUGGUCCCCAGAGGCCUGUGGGCCUACAGAAGAGGGAGCCCAAGAGACAGAGCGAGAGGGACGGAGCCUGGUGUGUAUGGCAGGACUCACAGGCCCAGAGGGGCUCCUGUCUGACCCUCCCCUGGAGACUGUGCAGGAAGUGAAAGGGGACAGCAUCCCAGAAGAGGCCCCUCCAGUCUCCAUCUCUGAUGACCCUGAUGUACCUUGGGACUUGAUGGCAUCUGGAUUCCUCGUCCUAACUGGAGGGGUGGACCAGAGUGGGCGAGCUCUGCUGACCAUUACCCCAUCGUGCCCUCCUGAGGAGCCCCCACCCUCCCGAGCCAUGCUGAGCACUGCUCUUCAUUACCUCCACUCACUGCUCAGCAGCCUCCUUGGCUCUUCCUGCCCCCGCAGGCCUGACCUACAGAUACUGGGGCUAUCUGUGCUGCUGGACCUUCGCAAGGCACCCCCACUGCCUCCAGGGCUCAUUCCUGUCCUGAGUCAACUUCAGGACUCAGGAAACCCUCCUGUCAUUCAGCGGCUGAUGAUUCUCACUCAUGACGACCCACAAACUGAUCUCUGUGGAUUUCAGGGUGCCGAGUUGCUAUCAGAGAAUGACCUGAAAAGAGUGGCCAAGCCAGAGGAGCUUCAGUGGGACUUGGGAGGCCACAGGGAGCCCUCUCCCGGCCACUGGGUAGAGAUACAUCAGGAAGUGGCAAGGCUGUAUCACCUGUGCCAAGGUGUACUGGGCUCUGUACGGCAGGCCAUUGAAGAGCUGGAGGGAGCAGCGAAGCCAGAGGGAGAGGAGACAGUGGGAAUGCCCGAGCCCCUGCAGAAGGUGCUGGCAGAUCCUCGGCUGACAGCACUACAGAGGGAUGGGGGUGCCACCCUGAUGAGGCUGCGCUCCACCCACAGCAGCAAAUUGGAGGGCCCGGGCCCAGCCACAUUGUAUCAGGAGGUAGACGAAGCCAUUCACCAGCUUGUGCGCCUCUCCAACCUACACGUGCAGCAGCAGGAGCAGCGACAACGCCUCCAGCGACUCCAGCAGGUGCUACAGUGGCUCUCUGGCCCAGGAGAGGAGCAGCUGGCAAGCUUUGCUAUGCCCGGGGACUCCCUGUCUGCCCUGCAGGAGACAGAGCUUCGAUUCCGGGCUUUCAGUGCUGAGGUUCAGGAGCGCCUGGCUCAGGCGCGGGAGGCCCUGGCGCUGGAGGAGGACACAGCCUCCCAGAAGGUCCUGGAUGUCUUUGAACAGCGGCUGGAGCAGGUUGAAAGUGGCCUCCAUCGGACCUUGCGGCUUCAGCGCUUCUUUCAGCAGGCACAUGAGUGGGUGGAUGAGGGUUCUGCCCGCCUGGCUGGAGCUGGGCUAGGUCGGGAGGCCGUGCUGGCAGCCCUGGCCCUGCGGCGAGCCCCGGAGCCCAGCGCUGGCACCUUCCAAGAGAUGCGGGCCCUGGCCCUGGACCUGGGCAGCCCAGCAGCACUACGAGAGUGGGGCCGAUGCCGGGCCCGCUGCCAAGAGCUGGAGAGGAAGAUUCAGCAACAACUGGGAGAGGAGGCGAGUCCACAGGGCCACCGGCGAAGACGAGCAGACAGCGCCAGCAGUGGAGGGACCCAUCGGGGUCCCCACAGUCCCUCACCCAGCCUCAGCUCCCUGUUGCUCCCCAGCAGCCCAGGGCCACGGUCAGCCUCAUCCCAUUGCUCCCUGGCCCCCUGCGGAGAGGACUAUGAGGAAGAGGGCCCUAAGCUGGCUCCAGAAGCAGAGGGCAGACCCCCGCGGGCCGUGCUGAUCCGAGGCCUGGAGGUCACCAGUACCGAAGUGGUAGAUAGGACAUGCUCACCACGGGAACACGUGCUGCUGGGCCGGGCCCGGGGGCCAGACGGGCCCUGGGGAGUAGGCACCCCUCGGAUGGAGCGCAAGCGAAGCAUCAGUGCCCAGCAGCGUCUGGUGUCUGAGCUGAUUGCCUGUGAGCAGGAGUACGUGGCCAUCUUGAGUGAGCCAGUGCCAACCCCUGGGCCUGAGCUGACCCCUGAACUGCGGGGCACCUGGGCUGCUGCACUGAGUGCCCGGGAGAGGCUUCGUAGCUUCCACCGGACACACUUUCUGCGGGAGCUUCAGGGUUGCGCCACCCACCCUCUGCGCAUUGGGGCCUGCUUCCUACGUCAUGGGGACCAGUUCAGCCUUUAUGCCCAGUACGUGAAACACCGACACAAACUGGAGAAUGGUCUGGCUGCCCUCAGCCCCCCUACCAAGGGCUCCAUGGAGGGUGGCCCUCACCUGCCCCGGGCCCUGCAGCAGCCUCUGGAGCAGCUGGCUCAGUAUAUACGGCUCCUGGAGGAGCUCCUGAGGGAAGCUGGGCCUGAGCUGAGUUCUGAGCGCCAGGCCCUUGGGGCUGCCGUGCAGCUGCUCCAGGAACAAGAAGCCCGUGGCAGAGACCUGCUGGCCGUGGAGGCGGUGCGUGGCUGCGAGAUAGAUUUGAAGGAGCAGGGACAACUCCUACAUCGGGACCCCUUCACUGUCAUCUGUGGCAGAAAGAAGUGCCUUCGCCAUGUCUUCCUCUUUGAGCAUCUUCUCCUCUUCAGCAAGCUCAAGGGCGCUGAGGGAGGGUCAGAGACCUUUGUUUACAAGCUGGCCUUUAAGACUGCUGACAUGGGGCUGACAGAGAACAUCGGGGACAGCGGGCUCUGCUUCGAGCUGUGGUUUCGGCGGCGGCGGGCACGAGAGGCAUACACUCUGCAGGCCGCCUCGCCAGAGAUCAAACUCAAGUGGACAAGUUCUAUUGCCCAGCUGCUGUGGAGACAGGCAGCCCACAACAAGGAGCUCCGAGUGCAGCAGAUGGUCUCCAUGGGCAUUGGGAAUAAACCCUUCCUGGACAUCAAAGCCCUUGGGGAACGGACGUUGAAUGCCCUGCUCACUGGAAGAGCCGCCCGCACCCGGGCCUCCGUGGCCGUGUCAUCUUUUGAGCAUGCCGGCCCCUCCCUUCCCGGCCUCUCGCCGGGAGCCUGCUCCCUGCCUGCCCGCGUCGAGGAGGAGGCCUGGGAUCUGGACGUCAAGCAAAUUUCCCUGGCCCCAGAAACACUUGACUCUUCUGGAGAUGUGUCCCCAGGACCAAGAAACAGCCCCAGCCAGCAACCCCCCGACCCUGGGAGCAGCACUCCCACCCUGGCCAGUGGAGGGAUCUUAGGGCUAUCCCGGCAGAGUCAUGCCCGAGCCCUAAGUGACCCCACCACCCCUCUGUGACGUGGAGAAGGUCCAGAACAUUGCCGCAGCCCCUCCUCUCAGCACACCUUGGUCUGGGAUGGUGGUGGGACAUAAUGGAGACUGGGAGAACAUUGAACUCCUUCGCUCUGCUUCUUGGACAGAGAGGUGGUCAAAGGACAAGCGCAUUCCUCUGCUACCGCUGUCUCUAGCUCUCCCAGCCCAGUGCCUUCUCCUCCUGGAACCAGAGUGGAUGCAUUUGCUUGACUUCAUACCCUGGAGGCCAGGAAAUGAUCCCUCUUCAGUCCUUCCCCAUCCUGGGCUGCUGCAUACCCCCAGGGCACGGUGCCCACUCUAGCCUUCCUCUGCCAGUCUGCCUUCUCCCUUUCUCACCCUCUGACUCUCCCUGAGAAAAUUCAUCUCUACCAGGUCAACUGGAGUUCCUGGUGAUUCUAUUAUGGGGUGUGUCAGAUGAAAAGAAGCUAUGCAAACCAUUAUAGGAGGGUGGGGCGGGGGACUGAAGGCUUUAUAUAUGUAAUUACUGUUAUUAUAGCACUGUUGUUAUAUUAAAUGUAUUUACUCACA